CGGAGAUCGUUGGUUGACCGGUUUUGGUGAUUACAUUAAACAAAGCGAUAAUGACACCCAAUGUGGAGUUGGAAGAUUGGCGCGUUUCGGGCAUAUCACGCACUUAUCCCAGCUAUCGUCGACAUUGGCAGAUUAGCAAUGAAAGUUGGCUGGCGGGCAAGCAUACAGACGAUGAGGCCGAGGGUCUGUGGCGUAUACGCGAUAAACUCUACGAUUUGUCGGACUUUGCGCAGCGGCAUAUAGGCGGCGCCUUCUGGAUAGAGCGCACCAAGGGCACAGAUAUCACGGAGCCCUUUGAGUCGCACCACAUUGAGCAGCAUGCAGAGCGACUGCUGAGCAAGUUCGAGGUGCGCACGGCCGCCAAGCCACGCAACUAUAAAUUUACGCUGGAGCCGAAUGGCUUCUAUAUGACGCUCAAGCGACGCGUUAGGUCAAAGCUACAGACGCUCAACUACAAGCCCAGCAAAAAGACAGAACUGCUACACACUGGCAUUUUGCUCAGCCUGUUUAGUCUCAGCUGGGCGAGCACAGUGUGCGAUUCGCUUGCCCUACGCGCUCUGGCGGGCUUGGCGCUUUGCUGGCUGGCGACCUCCACGCAUAAUUAUUUUCAUCAGCGCGACAAUUGGCGCAUGUAUUGCUUCAAUCUGACGCUCAUGAACUUUAGCUGUUGGCGCAUCUCGCACGCGCUAUCGCAUCAUGGCUAUCCCAACUCGCUGCACGAUCUGGAAAUGUCGCUCUUCGAGCCCUUUCUCUGCUGGGUGCCCAGCAGGCGCUAUGCCAGCAAGCCACAGCGCAUUAUCUCCGUGCUCAUAUCGCCCGUAAUCUUUACGCUGCUGAGUCUAGUGCAGUUUACCGAGCGACUGGUCUACUCACUCUGCAAGUCCAACAUUAUGUAUUGGCAUGAUCUGUUGGGUUUUACGCUGCCCGCGUUUCUAUACUUCAGCACCAGCGUCAGCUUGAGCGCUGCUUUAAUUAGCUGGAUCAUUAUUUUGUGCUUCGGCAGCUUUUUGUUUGGCUUCAUUGGCGUUACAGCAGCUCAUCAUGAUCCUCGCAUUUACCACGAUGGCGAUGCCAUGCGCGACAAUUACGAUUGGGGACUCUAUCAGCUGGACACCAUCAUCGAUCGUGGCGAUAUUAAAUGGUCCGAUCUGCUGGUGCUCACGCACUUUGGCGAGCACGCACUUCAUCAUAUGUUUCCCACGCUGGAUCACGGCGUGCUCAAGCUGCUUUAUCCGGAGCUGCAGCAAACAUUGCGCGAGUUCAAGUGCGAGCUGCGCGAGAUUAAUCACUGGGCUCACAUUAAGGGUCACAAUCAACAGCUGCUACGUACCAAGGCUAAUCGUAUUCCGCCAGGCGGCAAGAAAUUUAACUAAUUUAAGUGUAGUGGGGGUACAGGUG